CCCCGCCCCGCCGGGCGGUUUGAUUAAUGACUCUCCCGCCGCUGAGGGGCGGCUCCUCUACGCGGCGGCCCGCCGCACGGCCCCGUCGGUGGGCGCGUACCCCCGCGCGACCUGUCGUCGUGGCUCGAAGCACAGGCCAGGCAGGAAGGCGCCCGUAUAAAAGGCGCAGCCAGCGGCGACUGAGAGUGGCCGUCGACUUCGGCUUCGGCUGGACGAGGAUGGAGUGACCGGCGCUGCCCUGGCCACGGCAGACCCGGCUCGACGCCAUCGCCCGCUUGUACAGUGGAACCAAGCUCCGUACGGCCGUUCCAAGAAAGCGCGCACGCGGUGCUGGAAGCUGCCAUGGAGCGUGGCCACCGGGCGGGCAGCCCGCUGAGUGCCCGUGCCGAACCCGCGGCCCCGGCCGCCUCCCCCCGCGACUCGAGCCCGGGGCGGACUGGGCUGGGGUCUGCGGGUCCCGGGGGCGGCUUGCGCUCCGGGGGCGGGCGACCGGCGGCGGCGAACGCCGCGCGGGAGCGCAGCCGCGUGCAGACCCUGCGGCACGCCUUCCUGGAGCUGCAGCGCACGCUGCCGUCGGUGCCGCCCGAUACCAAGUUGUCCAAGCUGGACGUGCUGCUGCUGGCCACCACCUACAUCGCGCACCUCACCCGCAGCCUGCAGGACGACGCCGACUCCCCGGCCGACCCCGGGCUGGGCGCCUUGCGCGGCGAUGGCUACCUGCACCCGGUCAAGAAAUGGCCCAUGCGAUCAAGAUUAUACAUUGGUGCUACUGGUCAGUUUCUGAAGAAUUCUGUCUCUGGAGAAAAGGCAAAUCAUAGCAACUCUCCAACAGACUCCCAGCCUUAGGAUCACCCCUGGUGGGGGUUGGUAAAAGAGCAGGCUGUUGUUUUUAAAUAUUAUGGAAUUCUAUAUUUAUUACAUCAAACAAACACCAUAUCUGAAAGUUUACAUUUGAACCUAUAUUUGAAUGCUCAAAUUUACCUCUUAGCCAAAUGUGGAAUGAAAUAAUCAGUCUCCUAUAAAACACACAUAGCAUCUAGUCAUUGUGAGAGUCACUGCUAUACAGUGCAAGAGAAACUAUAAGGAAAAAUAAUACAUGAAAGCAAACAAUUGUGUGUAUAUAUAUCCAAAGAAUGCAUACAUUUUCUGUCAUGUACUUAUUACAAACAGAAAAGCUAAUAUCUAUCAGUACAGUAGUCUUCCUAGUUUCAAAAAUAAAAUCUGUUUGUAAUA